AUGAUUGCACCUACAACAACUACAGGAUCUUCAUUUCCAUCCUCAGAUGCAUCUUCUGGAACAUCAUACUCCACUGCAAUAACAACACAAGAGCUUGAGUCAUCAGACUAUACUCAAGUGUCCAUCACAUCAAAUCAAUCGACAACUACAACAAUUUCCUCUACAAAAACUCCAGACUCAAGUUCAUCCAUCUUCACAACAACCUCAGAACCAAAUCCCCUCACAACUACAAGUACAACCGAGUCUUACUCCGCCAUUCAAGCAACUACACCACUAAAGAACACUUCUCUUAGUGACACUUCUGACUCGACAUCAAAUCACCAAAGCACUGCAACUCAAAAAAUUGAGCCCUUAACCAAUGCCACUGCACAUGGGAUCAGUUCGACAGGAAGCGCUAAAACAACUAGCACGGACACAUCCACAACAUCUGAGACAACUACACUGACUUCAAUUCAUGCAAACAAUGAUUCCAUUACCACCAUUGAUUCCAAUACACAAAAUGAUGUAGAGCAAACCUCAGACAGCAAUAUAUCAAUUGCUUGGACUGCUGGAACAUUAACUAGUACACAAAAACUUGAAGCAACAACCAAAACUUCAACCAACAGUACUGUCACAAAGCAGACAGCAUUUUCUGAAUCGACAACAAUGAUUGCACCUACAACAACUACAGGAUCUUCAUUUCCAUCCUCAGAUGCAUCUUCUGGAACGUCAUACUCCACUGCAAUGACAACACAACAGCUUGAGUCAUCAGACCAUACUCAAGUGUCCAUCACAUCAAAUCAAUCGACAAAUACAACAAUUUCCUCUUCAACAACUCCAGACUCAAGUUCAUCCAUCUUCACAACAACCUCAGAACCAAAUCCCCUCACAACCACAAGUACAACCGAGUCUUACCCCGCCAUUCAAGCAACAACACAGCUGAAGAACACUUCUCUCAGUGACACUUCUAACUCAACAUCAAACCACCAAAGCACUGCCACUCAAACAAUGGAGCCAUUAACCAAUGCCACUGCACAUGGGAUCAGUUCGACAGGAAGGAACAGUUUCAAGACAAGCAGUGACAUCUGA